AACUCUAUAAAAUCCGUACAUUUCCUCCAACUACGACACAAUUUGAAAACAUAACACUUUCACACACUCUCUUUCUCUCUCACUUGCUUUCUCUGUUUCUUCCAUGGAGCUCUUCUCACUCCCUUCUCUGUUCCUACUCUCCACUCUCUUCGUUUUCUACAUCUUCAAGUUUGUUUACAAAAGAAGAAACCAAAGAAACUGCUUCAUGCUUCACUACGAGUGUUACAAGGGCAUGGACGAGAGAAAACUCGACACCGAGACUUGUGCUAAGGUCGUUCAACGAAACAAGAACUUGGGUCUUGAAGAGUAUAGGUUUCUCCUCCGUACAAUGGCUAGUUCCGGGAUAGGAGAGGAAACGUACGGCCCAAGAAACGUGCUUGAAGGCAGAGAAGACUCUCCUACUCUCCGCGACGCUCACUCCGAAAUGGACGAGAUCAUGUUCGACACUCUCGACAAGCUUUUUCAGAAGACUAAAGGCUUAGUCUCUCCUUCCGACAUCGACAUCCUCGUCGUCAACGUCUCACUCUUCGCUCCAUCUCCUUCUCUAACCUCACGAGUCAUCAACAGAUACAAGAUGAGGGAAGACAUCAGAUCCUUCAACCUCUCGGGACUAGGGUGUAGCGCGAGCGUUAUCUCGAUAGAUAUCGUGCAAAGGAUUUUCGAAACUCGUAAAAAUGCUAUCGCACUCGUGGUCAGCACCGAGACAAUGGGUCCUCACUGGUACUGCGGUAGAGAUAGGUCCAUGAUGCUCUCAAACUGUCUCUUCCGUGCAGGAGGAAGCUCUGUUCUAUUAACCAACGCAGCUCGGUUCAAGAACCGGGCUUUGAUGAAGCUUGUGACAGUGGUCCGUGCCCAUGUGGGUGCAGACGACGAGGCCUACUCGUGCUGCAUACAAAUGGAGGACGGAGAUGGUCAUCCAGGCUUUCUCUUAACCAAACACCUAAAAAAAGCAGCCGGUCGAGCCCUAACCAAGAACCUCCAAGUUCUCCUCCCUAGAGUCUUGCCCAUCAAGGAACUGAUCCGCUACGCGAUAGUCCGUGCGGUUAAAAGAAGAAUCACCAGGAAAAGAGAACCCGGGAGCUCGGGGAUAGGUCUAAACCUAAAAACAGGGUUGCAACAUUUCUGUAUUCACCCCGGAGGAAGAGCGAUUAUAGAAGGAGUCGGAAAAAGCUUAGGGCUCACAGAGUUCGACAUCGAGCCAGCGAGAAUGGCGCUUCAUAGGUUCGGGAACACGUCUUCAGGUGGUUUAUGGUAUGUUCUUGGUUACAUGGAAGCUAAGAAUAGAUUAAAGAAAGGUCAUAAGAUACUGAUGAUGAGUAUGGGAGCUGGAUUCGAGUCCAAUAAUUGUGUUUGGGAGGUUCUCAAGGAUCUUGGUGAUAAGAAUGUUUGGGAAGAUUCGAUCGAUCGAUAUCCGGAGCUAUCGAGCAUCCCUAAUCCUUUCGUAGAGAAGUAUGAUUGGAUCAACGACGAUACUAUGAGCUUUGUUCGUGUUGAUUGAUCACAAGUAAGCAGAGAGAGUAACAUUUUAUUUUUAUAAUAUAUAUUAAGCAAUCAAUUGAUUAUUAUAAGAAAUGUUUCUUUAUUAGGCGUUAUUUCGAAGUUUGGAUUAUUUGGAAUAUGUUGACAAGUUGAUAUAGUCGACGACGACUGAUACUUUUUGUUAUCAAUUUAAACUUUGAAAUAAAUAUAAGCAUGUUUAAUUGA